AUGAAUGACCCAGUAGAGUUAGAUCAUGAAUUGAACCGAACUUUCUAUCAUGGACUUUUGCCUCAUGCAGAUAUUGAUCCACUGCUUAGGGACGAGGGUGAUUUUGUCGUUCGUAAGACUGAUAAAGAUGGUUUGAUCAUUUUGGCGUUGUCAGUGAAAUGGAACAAGCAAGUGUUGCAUUUUAUCGUCAAUCAAGAUGAAACUGGACAGUAUUAUUUUGAAACGCACAAGGAGAAAACAGUUCAUAGUUUAAUCGAAUGGCAUAGGUCAACAGGAACUCCUGUAUCUGCAGGAAGCCAGGCAAAACUUGUUAAAGGGAUAGCUCGACAACCCUGGCUUUUGGAUCAUGAUGAGAUACAACUGCAGAGGAAACUUGGUGAAGGAGCUUUCGGAGAGGUAUAUUUAGCGCAGUAUGUGCAAGCAAACAAGGUUAUAAAUGUAGCAGUAAAAACAAUGCGUGAAGAAAUUUCACGCCAAGCACGCUUGAAAUUCAUGAAAGAAGCUCGCAUAAUGCGCAAAUUUUCCCAUCCUAAUAUAGUGAAGAUUAUGGGCAUUCUAGUAUAUGAGAACCCUUUAAUGAUUGUCAUGGAAUUAUGUCCAGGAGGUUCGGUGCUUGGUUAUCUUAGAAAAAAUGCACCUACUACUUUGGAUAUGAAAUUGCGCUUUGCAACAGAAGCUAGUGCUGGUCUUGCAUAUCUAGAAUCUAAACACUGUAUUCAUAGAGAUAUAGCAGCACGAAACUGCUUGCUCUCCGAUAAGUUAGAUAUAAAAAUAAGCGAUUUUGGCAUGUCUGAUGAACGAAGAUUCAUUCAUGACGAAAAAUUAGAAAAGGUCCCAAUGAAAUGGCUUGCACCUGAAACCAUGCAACAGCGUAUAUUUUCGUCCAAAUCCGAUGUCUGGUCUUUUGGAGUGCUGGUUUGGGAAGUGUAUGCUGAUGGAAGGGAACCUUACCCAGGACUGUCCAAUAUUCAAACUCGAGCCAAGAUUGUGGUUCAGAAUUACCGAAUGGAAAUGCCAAAGACUACACCUUCCUCAAUAUCAAGGCUUGUUUAUCGGUGUUGGAAAACUGAACCGAACGAACGACCUAGUUUUGCCGACAUUCAUGAAGAACUGAAGGCACUACAUAGAAAAUAA